AUGAUUCUGGCUAUUUACCAAAAAUGGCACACGACGAGGAGAGCCAGCCACAGUUGGCUGCUGGCCACUGGAAUCGAAACGAAACAGCGGAAGAGAGUGAGAGAAAAGCGAAAAGUCAAAGGACUGAGCACAAUUGCGACUUUGCAAUGCGCAGCGGAUGGCCUGCCGCUUGGCUCCUCGCCCGGUCUUUUUUUUUGUCGUCGUCUCCAUUCUAGGAAUAGGAGGUAAACAAGUAAACAUAGUGUGAGCCCGUGAGAGAAAAAUGAGGGGCAGUCCCCCGAUCUUCUCAACGACAAGGGCACGCCUUCAUUUGAGUGGCGCGUGCUCGGGUGGUGUGAGCCAUCGAUCUGGCGGGAGCGCCCGUGUUGUUGUCGACAACAACAAACGACGACGACGACGACGACGACGACUAGAAAAGGGAAGAGGACGGAGAGUGCGCGUUGAGCCGGGGGCUCUGCGGGCUUUCCCUCACUCGAAAACUGCCUAAUGAUGACUGCUCGCUUCGGCUGCUCGUAAAAUAGGCCAGAAUAUUUUGAAAGUGUUGAAAUGGGUACGAGAAUACUCUCAUGAUUGGGCGAAGGUUUGAGAAAUGAAACUGACGCAAUCGUACUUUUACUUUUUCGAGAGAAGAAAGAAGACAACCAAAACUGUCAACAUAAUCCGCUCGCUAUUUCACACUUUUCGAACAAACACCUGAUAGGGAACUGUUAUUCUAACCCUCUCAUUCGGCAACAUGAUAAGGUGUGUUGUAAAGACCCUAAAACGUUUUAUCAAGUUUCCGCCUCGCUAUUUCGAAAAAGCGCGCAAACAAAUUUGCGUCUAGAAACGAAAACUAUGUCGUUUCGUUUUGAAAAACACAAAUGAGGAGGGAGGGAUUUCUCGAGUCCCAGAACGUGCAAUUUGGGUCUUUUUUUUACUGGUUUGGUCCUUUUGAUUUACUGCCACAAAACAAGAAAAUGAGAGAGAGAGAGAGACGUGCGUAUGUUCGAAUAAGCUGCUGCCAAGCCUGAUGACAAAUGGAUCUGUCACUUCAUCGGGACCAUGAAUCAAUUUCGGAAUGUCUUACCGGAUUUUGUGGUUACGGGAAAUUGGCCAGGAAGCGGCACGGAGCGAGAGAGGGAGUGCGAGGUGCUGGGCACGAGUGCCUAGUCGAUAAGGGGCCGUUCUGCUUCAAUCCUUCACGUGUUCUUUUUUUCUUUUUCUGGUGCGCGGACAAAGUUUUGUGGUCGGCGCGUGCGCCCUGUCUCUAUUGAUUUCUGGAGAGCAUGUUUGUUGGUUAGUUUGGAGCUGUGCUUGUGUGGAGCGCGAGAAUUGCACAGAGAAAAAAAAAGAGGCAAGAAGGAUAGGACACGGAAAAGACGAGCAAGUCGGAAGUUUGAUGGGCACCCUGGGCCGGGAAUGUCCUCCCAGAAACUGACACAUCAAACGACCAUUGUCGACUAUUUGCAAACUUUUGGAGUGGUCUUUAGAAGCAUAUCCAAUUUUUUGAGGGAGAAUGAAAAGAUGAAAUUGUUUACGACAAUUUUUUGAAAUUAGAGGAUCUGUGGAUAAACAUCUCACUGCACCACUGCUCUGAAAAUUCUAAGAAUUUAAAGAAUGCGAAGGAUUGAAGCAGAACGGCAUUGGGGGAAUGACAUGUGCGGUUCUCUUUCUUUCUUUUAAGGAGAGGUGGCACCCCUCCGAUUCGCCCAUUGACUUUAAUAGAAUUGCAUUGCUCUGUGACAGCCUCGCUCCUAUAAUUGCUACCCUCUUGGUGCUACUAUUGUGACCGGUUUCUUUGGCUUUCCGACCGCGCCGUGCUCUUCUCUUUCUUUUUCCCCAUUCUCUUCCGCUCAUUCGCAUUUCUCAGAAGCCACGAGCAUCAACAUCUCGUUCCAAAAAUGGCAGCCAAUUGAAAAAUGGAGGAGAAUGGGUGAAUUGCAACGAGAAAACUGAGAUGGGUGGGAGAAAGUAGACGAAUUCAAGAGAACAAAAUGCUUUUAUUCUCAAGUAGAAAAUGAGAGUGUCGAGGAAUGUGAAUUAGAAAUUAAGCUAGCUGUGUGUAUGUGGUGGGAGGCAAAAUACCGAGAAAGCAUUGAAGAUCUACAUUCUUUUGUAACGAUGCACAUUUAUCCCAUUCUGUUGCGAAUGGCUUUUUGUAUACUCGUACACAAAAGAAACAACUUCUGGGAUUAAAAUGAUUUGUGAAGUGUAAUAGGUUCGCGAUGCACUAUGUUGCCGUCCGACACUACCGGUUUCGGGGUCAACGGAUUUCGAAAGAACAACAAACACUAUGGAGCGUCGGAAUAUUAUUCGGGCAGUGCGUUGACGGCGCAUGAGUGCCUAGCGUACUACUGAAAUAAUUAUGUGUCGUCCAGCCUGCCUAUAUGUGUCUUUUUGCGGGUUAUAACUUUUAGUGGAUGGAUGGAUGUUGGAAACAUGUCCGAUUGACGGCCACGCUUUUCCGGGAGUCAUUAUGCGUACAUAAAUAGUCCUCCGCUCCGAAAUGAGGUGAAACAGAAUGAGAUGAACUUUUGAUUUUUGCAGGGAUACUUGUCGGAAGUCGGAGCCUCGCUGGUCGAUGAGAAACUCAAACUGGGCAUUGUCCCGCCAACCGGAGUCGUUGAACUGGCCGCCCCGACCUUCUACUACGACCGUAUAGAUCGUGCAAAGGCUCGCACCAAAGAAAGGAUCCAUUCGAGAUACCCGAACAUUGGACGCCGGUUCCACCGCAUUGGACUACCCGAAAAGGUUAGUUAAAGGGCAUAAAAAUAAACACUAGGAACCAUGUGAUGAAAUGAAACACCUAUCUUAAAUACCUAUCUUGCAACUCUUCCUUAUCAAACUUUUCUAGCGCUUGUCAGAUUUGUGUCAUUGAACGUUUUGCGUGUUCAAAAACGAAACAUUGCUGUCGCAUUAGUCACGCGAUUAUUGUUCGGUUCCGUUUUACACCGAUUGAACUUUCCUCCAUCUUCAUCAGCCAGUUGGCGCUGCCCAAAAACCGAACACUUACAAUAAGAAGCGAGCGAUUUUGUGACAAAAGCGACAAAGAUUUACGAGGCUAUAAUCUUGUAGCGAAGACGUUGUAUUCGUUUAAUGUUCUCUGACAAAAGACGUUAUCAACGCAGCAGUUUUCGACUGGCCACAUUAGAAUUUGGCAACAUUUGAGGAAUAUACGCUGCAGAAAAUGGAGAGGGAAGCCAAAGCCAAAUAAAGCGAUGAAAAAUUUUUACUAGUUUAUUAGUUUCAGGGCUGUCCAAACACUUGUUGUUUGCACACCACCACCGCCAUUCACAUUCCACCACAUUUCUCGCGCCGUGUCUGGGUGUACCUCUGUUUUUGUUGUCUGAUAAAUUAUCAAGCGAAACUGGGCGCGCUUAUAAAUAAGUCGACACCUUCUUCCUGCUCUCGCGAAGAGGGAUUCCUCUUCCCUCUUUGAAAACAACAUUUUUUGCAAGAGGAAGAGAGAUAGAGAGAGAAAGAGAUUCAGGGAAAGCAAGAAGGCUGAUCAAGGUUGACUCCUUUUUACUUCCUAAACAACAACAACAUGUUUUUGAGACGUUCUUCUUGCACCACAAUUGAAAAAACAGCACCAGAAGGGCGAAAAUAUACACGCACGAGUUUAGAUUGCAAUGUAAACAAGUUAUUUUUUGUUUCUAUACCCGAUAAAUAGAAAUGCUGUCGGAGAAGCGCUCAAAAGAUGGGAUUACAAAAAAGAUGGCAAAACAUAUGGAGAUUUGAGAAAGGGGGUCGGGAAAAGAUUCAAGUAAAGGCGAGGCACCAUCUGCGCGACAUCUCCUCUCGCCUUGAAAACGAGUGUCAUGCACGAAAAGAUAAAUGCGCGAGAUAGUGAGCAAGCACUCAGUUUCCCCUUUCUCUCCUCCGAACGGAGCCAAUUCAUUGUGCAUUGAUGACGGACGGACACCCGGUCCCAACCCCCUCUUCCCGGGGACGAGUGGAAUUGCUAAUCGUGGUCCAUUAGAGAAAGGGACGAACGGAUGGCACUAAACAUGUUCCCACCGAGUGAUGGCAAUCCCAUUUGCAGGCUGGUAGCUUCCAACUGUUCGUCAAAGGAUAUCAGGAUGCUGCUCACUGGCUCAGAACGUGGGUCAACCAGCCGGAAACCGCCCCGCCACCGGUCACUCAGCGAGAAUUCCAGUUCCUGUUCGAGAAGUUGGUCGCCCUCGACUACAUCAUUCGCAACACCGGUAUGAAAAUUUGGGACAAAAUUAAAAAAAAAAACGGACCGAAUGAGUGUUCAGAUCGUGGAAGCGAUAACUGGUUGAUCAAGUACGUUCUCGCCGAUGUCAUCGACCGCGCCCCGGUUCACAGCAACGAUAUCCCAUGCGACCCAGCAAACGCCAAGACUCAGGUACACUAACGCCCAAGAAAAAUUACCUCCAAAAGUGCAGAAAUACUCUAUGACUUUGAGAAUAGUUAGCGAAAUGGUUGAUGACUGAAUGAAAAAGGAAGGGCAGUUCGCUGCCAGAUGAAAGUGAAAGAUAGAAAACUGAAAAGUUGCGUAGUAAAACUGCAUGAACUGUAAGGUUUUGAUUCUUUUGAUACAUGCGGUUUACAAUGUUUCAUUAAGAUGGAUGAGAUGAAAAUGGGAAGUGACGGUUCCGGAUAUGAUUAGAAAGUGAUGCUAAUUUUCACGUCGCAAUGUUAUUGCAGUCCGAAUUAAUCUUCUAAUCUAUCAAAAAACCAUGUAACAACCUGAUUAGCUAAUAUGUUUGAUCCCUUUGCUCAACUAAAUGUCAUGACAUUUCAGGUACCUGGCGACGAGAAGUUGAUCGACUUUGUCGACUCGGAGACGACUCCAGAAGGUGGGUACCUGUCGUAGGUGGUGGUCGACUUGAGUGGCUUCUCCUGAAUACGGCGGCCAUGUGGGGUUGUAUCGACUCCCGAGUCGCUGCUCAUGAACGAGUAGGCACGGUCGCGAUCGUCCUGCUCAGCCUGUGGAUCGCUCAUGUUUCCAGUGGGCGAUCAGCUGAGCUCAGUAGAUAUUGAGUCUUGUUCUAGAAGGAACAUCUUUAGAAACCCCUAGCAAAACAUGUGUAAUGGAAAAAGACCGGAGGGUGAUCGGGUCGCCAGCACCGCACCGAAUGACUGGAAGGGCGGAACGCCUGGAAAGUUUCGGGCAGCAACACCAUCCCCCACUGAGGGUAAACAACCCACCUCUGUUUCUCUACAAAUUCUGUUUUUUUGUGUUCCCUCCGAGGUUGUUUUCAAUGUCUGCCACCCGACUCUCUAGCACCUCCCACUUCUCUGCUACGGUAUCUUUUUCAGCUAUUUGCCUUCUCUUUCUUUGUGUGCCCGUGUUUUUGACACGCCAUCCCGACAUCUAGGAUAACAGUGUUUUGAUGAGGCGGCUGUUUUCGAACGAACUUUGAUGCUCCGCCCCUCUAAAAGUGGGAAGUAGACGGGGAAUCCCUUCGUUUCAAAAACAGCCUCCAAACUGACACAGGUGGAAAAGACGAGGCGUGGGGAACUUGUCCCUGAAACUAUUUCAAAAAGUCGUAAAAUAGUCGCCAAAUUAGGGAGACGGCUGACUGACCGAACUACGAAUGAUCGUAAAAUUACGUCGAAACUGGAGACGCAUUCCAGAGAAGUGUGGGAGCGUACAGUGAAGAAAAACAAAAAACACUCUGAAACCGAAUCCAGAUCGACACAGGUUUUGAACUAGCCUCUGUUGCACUGCGUAGUGACGAUCUGAUAAAUCAUUCAGUAUUUUUGAUACCUAGUUUCAUGGGCUAAUAAUGAUAAACACAUGGCUCUUGUUUUGCCCGAGAGAAUCGAAGAGCGAUCUAACAGCCAUGCCUCGCUAAUUGAUGGCAUUCUUCAAGUUGUUUUUUGUUUCAGCAUCGAAUGCCGCGGCGGCACUCGUCGAGGACCCUGCUCCGGCUGAAGUCGAGUGGGCUGACGUUUCGAUUCCGACUGUCGACGUAGCGGCCAUCGAUAAUGGAUUGGCAUUCCCGUUCAAACACCCGGAUGAGUGGAGAGCGUGUAAGUUGUUGAUGUUGUUUUUUUCUUGCGAACAUCGGGAACCACCACCGGGGGUCUACCGGAAGAAUUGUUCUCCGUUCGUGCAGUCAGGGACAUUGAGAAUAACAAUCAACCCGCGUUUUAAAAGUGAUUGACGGAACUGCACUUGUAUUGGAGGACCAAGGGAACAGUUCAGAAUAAUUUUUGAAGUUCCUUCAUCUAAUCGCUGCAGUUUUCGGCUUAAUUAUGUGUGCUUAGUUUUAAACAUCUUUAAAAGUCCUUAAAUUUAAUAGACCUGACCUCAAAACAGUGCAAAAUUUCAUCUCUAAUCGUUCAGUAACAUUUUAUUUAUUUGUCAACUGCUCCAGCUUGUACACAUCUCAUCCCGCAGCAGGUGCUAGUUUUUCCACAAUUUCUGUGAUGUUUGUUAAAAGUGCGAAAAGUACUGGUUGUGCCAAACACCACAUGCUUCCCCGCCAAUUGUUUUGAACGAAAUUCGCCGGCAAACAAAACUCAAACUCGAAAAGGCUCUUUUGCCUGUUUUGAUUGAACACGCGAUGGCAAGUAUCUGUGGGGGAGACUGUUUUGGUCGUUGUUCGACCACUGCGUCUAUUUUUAUGGGUUGCCUUCGUCGUUCAUACAACCGAUGAUCGCUUCAAAAUGGCAACGACGUAGAAUUGCUGGCAGAUUGUUAAAUUCCACCCUUUGCUGCUGAAAUUGUUUGGCGGCAUGAUAAGCGGUGAUUGACAGUCGAUGAGCAUGUGUCAGAGAGGGAUGACACGAUUCUGAAAACAUUUAAAAGACGACAAUCACGGAAGAAGAAAACAUUUGAAAUUUUGUUUACAACCUGUUCGACAGAAAUUCACGCACCGAUUACACAUCAUUUGUUUUUCCGAAUUCCAAUCGUUCGGUCCUUUGACCUGUUUUUGUUGUGAUAACAAAGUGUGACAAUAAUUUAUGACGUUCAAGCGCUCUGAUAACUGUCCAAGAACUGUGUUUACCAUUGGGAGAAAACAAAAUGGAACAAUUUCAGAUCCGUUCGGCUGGGCUCUUCUUCCACAGGCUCGCAUUCCGUUCUCCGAUGAAAUCGUGGAUCUCCUGCUGCCGAAACUCGAUGACACCAAAUGGGUCCGUGAGCUUUGUGAGGACUUACGUCGUGUCUUCAAGGUAUCUAAUAGAAAACGAUAAAACUGGUAUAAUCUUCCAUUGUUCUUUUUCAGAAUGACAAGGGCUUCGACAAGAAGAUUUUCGAGAAGCAAAUGUCGGUUAUGCGUGGACAAAUCUUCAAUCUGCGCGAGGCUCUGAUGAAGAAGAAAAGCCCUUAUCAGCUAAUCCAGGUAUUACAAAUCCCCUCUUUCCCGAAACGACACUCUGUCUCUUUUAGAUGCCGCCCCAACUAAUGGUCGAGGUGAAGCAGAAGAAGAGAAAGUCGAGACGGUCUCGCAACAACGACUACGAGGAGGCUCCCAACUACGAUUGUAAGUAUUUCGACAUUUUAAUCCCCCGAGCAAAUCGUCGUCGUACAUCACAAUGACAGAUGCAGAGCAAGUGUGCACUUUGACAGAGAGAAAGAGAUGGAGUUCCCAGUGUGAAAAGAUUUUUUUGCAGCUGACGCGUCCACGGUGCGUGCCAACACAUCUGGCAGCGUCGUCGAUGCCGACCAACCGGGCCCUUCCUCGUCGACCCCCGACACAUCUGUUGCUCAGGCCGAGACGGACACAUCCACCACUGGUACCAAGUCGUGGCAGGAGACUUAUGAGCAAAAAGUGCAGACGAAGGCUCCAUUCUUCCGCUGGUGGUAG